AUGACGGCAACACAACGUAUCACAUCGCGAGCACUCGGAGCGGCGAGGAGCCUGUCUGGUACCUCUGCCCCUGCUCGUCGAUUCAUGUCCUCUUCUGCUCGUCGACAAAACAGUUCGUCCGCUCAAGGCGCCCAAACAUCCGCAUCAAGCGCUUCAAACACGAGGAAUCUUGGUCUCGGUCUGCUCGCACUCGGCCUCGGCGCCAACGCGUACCACCUGUCGCAGCAAUCCAGCGCCAAGGGAAACAAGAUCAGCCUCGACGGUCCCACCGACCUGCCCGGCUCGGAAGGUUACCCCUUCGCCGAGCCGCGCCUCCCCUUCUCCUACGGCAGCAAGCAGGAUUUCGAAGCUGCGAUCGAGGAGCUCAAGUCCUACUUCACGUCUCAGGGCGAGGACUGGGACGACCAUGUGACGACCGACGAGGACGAGCUGGAGCGCCGUGGUCUCGACGAGAACGGACACCGCAGCUCGUCCGAGGGCACCAAGCCGUCCGUUGCUGUCUACGUACGCGACACGCCCAACGUGCAGGCCGUCAUUCGCAUUGCGAACAAGUACCGCAUGCCCAUCGUGCCCUUCUCGGGCGGAACGAGUCUCGAGGGUCACUACGUCGCCCCCUUCGCAGGCAUCUCGAUCGACAUGUCCCGCAUGGACAAGGUGCUCGCGUUCCACCCUGAGGACGGCGAUGUUGUCGUUCAGGCGGGUAUCGGGUGGGAGAACGUCAACCACUACUGUGACAAGAACGGCGGACAGCUCUUCUUCCCGCUCGACCCUGGACCGGGCGCGACGAUCGGUGGUAUGAUCGGCACCGGCUGCUCGGGCACCAACGCCGUUCGCUACGGUACCGCCCGAGGCGAGCACUUCCUCGACAUGAAGGUCGUCCUUGCCAACGGCGAAGUCAUCUCGACCCGUGGUGGUGGUCGUGCGCGCAAGUCUUCCGCUGGCUUCGACAUUGGCAAGAUCAUCGUUGGCGCCGAGGGCACCCUCGGCAUCGUCACGGAGGUCACCCUGCGUCUUGCCCCCAGGAUGCCUGCUGACGCCGUGGCCGUUGCCAGUUUCCCGAAUGUGGAAGCGGCCUCGCAGACGGUCAACGAGGUGCUCCUCUCCGGCAUCCCCGUCCAGUGCAUCGAGCUGUUGGACUACAAGAUGAUCCAGACCAUCAACAAGUCCAACCUGUGUGGGCGGACGUAUGACGAGAAGGACUCGCUCUUCUUCAAGCUCUCGGGAGGCGAGGCCGCGGUCGCGGAAGCCAAAGAGGCCAUCACUCGCGCAUCGGUCAAGUUCGGUGCGAAGAAAGAGAGUGUCGAGUUUGAAACGGACAAGGUGAAGGCGGGAAAGAUCUGGGAGGGACGCAAAGCGGCGCUGUGGGCUGUGGCAUCGACCAACGAGGCACCUGGCGUCAAGGUGUGGACGACCGACGUGUGCGUUCCCAUCUCGGCCCUUCCGCGUCUCGUCCGCGAGUCCCAGGAGGAUUUCCAGAAAUCCGGUCUUACCGAGACCGCCAUCGUAGGCCACGCCGGCGACGGAAACUUCCACGCCCUCAUCCCCUUCAACGCCGAAGACCCCGAACAGACCAAGAUCACUACCGAUGUGGUCGGUAGGCUCUGCGAACGCGCCCAGAAACUCCAGGGCACCUGCACGGGCGAACACGGCGUGGGAAUGGGCAAGAUCGAGUACCUUGAAAAGGAGUUGCCCGCAGGAACGGUGAGGGUCAUGAAGGCCAUCAAGUUGGCCUUGGAUCCGAAGAAUCUGUUGAACCCCGGCAAGCUGUACCCCACGCCGGACUUCACCCCUGUUCAUUAG